CAGCGCAGCAGGCCCGGGCUCGGCGGGAGGAGAGUGGGGGCGCCGGACGGCAGGUCUCCUCCUGGGGUGGCCCGAGCCUGGCCGGACCGAGGAUACCGCGGCCGCCGGGCCCGUGGGGAGCGAUGGAGCCUGGGAAGAGGAGAACCAAAGAGGACACUUGGGAAGCGGAGGACCUGAGGAGGCACCUACGGGCUGUGCAUGCAGGCAGUCCCAGGGAGGACAGGAAACACAGGGAGAAGCAACUGCACAAGGGGUCUGAGGUGGACCUCCUGGGGCACCCGGAGCCCAAGGCCAGGGGUCAGGACCGUGAGACCAAGCACAGAGAGAGGACAGCCGAGGCUCACACCACAAAGGAGAGUCCUCUCGGGGACAGAGACAGAGAAAAGCAACGGGAGAGGAGGAAAGACACAAAAGAGCGGGAGAAAGACAAGCUGAAAGAGAAACACCGAGAGCAGGAUGCAGAAAAGCCUCACGGUAAAGGAAAGGACAGAGAAAAGGAGAAAGACAGAAGGGCCAAGAAAGAAGAGCACUGGCAGACGCCCGCCUACCACAGCCUGCUGGGCUCAGAGGUGCGAGGCCGGCAGCCGCCUCAGCAGCGGGCAGAGAAGGCUGGCCGCUCAGUAAGUAAAGUGAGAAGUGAAGAGAAAGAAAGGAAAGAUGAAGACUCGGACAGAGGAGAUGAAGACAGAGAAAGAAGAUACCGAGAGAGGAAGCUGCAGUACGGGGACAGCAGGGAAAACCCUCUCAAGUACUGGCUGUACAAAGAAGAAGGUGAGAGAAGACACAGGAAGCCACGAGAGGCAGAUCGAGAGAAGAAACACCGAGAAAAGAGCAGCACAAGGGAGAAGAGAGACAAGUACGCCAAAGAAAAAAGCAGUUCUUUCUCCGACAAAGACUGGGAAGAGAGGCACCGGGAGAAACGCCACAAGGAAGGCUUCCCUGCUGAUGAGGCGCGGCGAAGUAACUCUGAGAGAAAGGAGAAAUCGUCCCGAGAGGAGCAUAAGAAAAGGGAGCCCAAGAACGGCGAACACAGGAGUCGAGGGGCGAGUUCAAGGAGAGACGGGACUGGCAGCCAGCAUGCAGAGGAUUUUGUGAGGAAUCAUGGAAAAGAGAAGGAUUCUAGAAGGAAGCACAGCCGUGAGGAGAGCUCCUCCGUGUGGAAGCUGGCUCAUCGGCAAGGACACGAGGAGACCAUGGAAUUUGAAAAGGAAGAGAUUGAUUCAGAAAAUUCUAGAGCUAAUGAAUAUACAGCCAGUUUUGAAGAUGAUUUUGAAGACUACGAGGACGACUUUGAGGUCUGUGAUGGCGACGAGGACGGCAGUGCUGAGCUCGAGCCACGGGGGACACUGGAAGAGCUUCCUCCAGCCCAAAAAAGGGAGAUACAAGAAAUUCAAAAAGCCAUCAGUGCGGAAAAUGAGAGGAUUGGCGAGCUAUCUUUGAAACUGUCUCGGAAACAAGGUGGAACGGAACUUGAAAGGGAGUCCGGAACAGAUACAAAUAGUUCCCCGUCCAGAGCCUCUGUUUGUGGAAUUUUUGUGGAUUUUGCGACAGCUUCACACCGUCAAAAGAGUCGGACUCAGGCCCUUAAGCAAAAGACACGAAGUACAAAACUGCUUCGGCUUAUUGACAUAGAUUUUUCAUUCACUUUCUCUCUCUUGGAUCUACCACCAGUGAAUGAAUAUGACAUGUACAUCAGAAACUUUGGGAAGAAAAACACCAAGCAGGCAUAUGUUCAGUAUAAUGAAGAUAAUGUGGAAAGGGACAUUCAAACUGAAGAAAUAGAGACCAGGGAAGUGUGGACCCAGCAUCCAGGAGAAAGCAGUGUUGUCUGUGGAGGUAGUGACAAAAGAGAUACCUCUGAUGCUCCAGUCAUACCAAAGAUUGAUACUCCACGGCUGUCAAGCUUUCUGCGGGAAGCUUGCCAGGUGGUAGCCGUGUUGCUGGAAGAGGACCGUGCGGCAGCUGGACCCAGCUGGGCUCUCCGUGCCCAGGACGGCGCCUUAUGCAUCAGCGAAAGCUCGUCUCAGCUGAACACUAGCCUGUCCUUCCUACAAAAUCGAAAAGUAUCCUGUUUGCACGUCUCUCAAGCUCAGAGGCAGAAGGUGGUCUCUGUUCAUGAUUUACCUGAGAAGGCAUUUGCUCCCCAGCUGGAUGGCAGAUACGUCCUCUGUGUGUGGGAUAUUUGGCAGCCCUCAGGGCCCCAGAAGGUUCUGAUAUGUGAGUCCAAGGUCACGUGCUGCUGCUUUAGCCCCUUGAAAGCAUUUCUGCUUUUCGCUGGAACUGCGCAUGGCUCGGUCGCCGUGUGGGACUUAAGAGAAGACUCCAGGAUACAUCAUUAUGUGAAGCUGAGCGACUGUCUCUGGACGUUCAGGACACCAACGUUUUCUACUGAUGGAAUCCUUGCACCAGUAAACCACCAAAGUCCUCUGCAAGCAAUAGAGCCUGUCUCAACCUCCGUCUACAAAAAACAGAGCUUUGUGCUUUCACCGUUUUCUACUCAAGAAGAAAUGUCAGGUUUGUCAUUCCACAUCGCGUCCUUGGAUGAGAGCGGGGUUCUCAACGUGUGGGUGGUUGUUGAAUUGCCAAAGGCGGACAUGGCAGGUUCAAUAAGUGAUUUAGGCCUGCUCCCUGGAGGGAGGAUCAAGCUGGUGCACAGCGCCGUGAUCCCGCUGGGACACAGUCUUUCCCGUAAAGGCAGUGAGUUUUGGGGAACCACACAAAUGCUGAAUGUUAAGUUUCUGCCUUCAGACCCUAAUCACUUUAUUGUCGGCACAGACAUGGGGCUGGUGGGCCACAGCACCAGGCAGGACCUGAGAGCCUCGCCCAAGUCCUUCAAGCCUCGGCAGUGCGGCACUAGACCCGUCAAAGUCAAUGUGAUUGAUUUCUCGCCAUUUGAAGAGCCAAUAUUUUUGGCUGGCUGCUCGGACGGGAGUGUCCGGCUGCACGGGCUCGGCUCGGAGCUCCCCCUGCUGCAGUGGGACAGCAGCACGGAUGGCCACGCCGUCACCGGCCUGCAGUGGUCCCCCACGAGGCCUGCCAUGUUCCUCGUCCAGGACGACAUGUCCAACGUCUACGUGUGGGACCUCCUCGCCAGCGACCUGGGCCCGGUGGCCAGACAGCCCAUCUACCCAGACAGGCUGGUGGCCAUGGCGGUCGGGGGCGAGCCGGACAAGGCCAGCGGCAGCGUGCUGGCCCUGGUGCUGGCCCGGGACUCCGGCGCGGUCGACGUCCAGUUCCUGCUCAGGCAGUGGGCAGCCCCGGAGGCAGAUGAGCGCGGCCAGCUGCGCCUGCUUUUGCAGGAAGCCCUGUGGAAAGAGGAAAGACGGCUCGAGUGACAGGUGCGGCUGGGAGCACAGUGUUCAUGUGACGACCCGAUCUGAGAGACAUAAUUUCACAUCUGUGUGCGUGUAUAUUCAUGUAUGUAGAGUAUGUAUAUUCUGUACAUAAUUCAUUUUACAAGAAUGUUACUUUGGAAUUCCCAGUAAAUAAAUCACUAUUUUUGAACAGAAACAAAUGAACAUUUUACUGGAUGCUACACGUCAAAGAAACAGUUGUGUCCAGGAUGCUCUUUGAGUAUUUUAGUUAUUUUUACAACAUUUAAAAUAUUGCCACAUUCAUUACUAGACUCUUAACAGUCCACCAUGAAGUUGUAUUUCAAUGGACUAUUUUUUACUUAUGCAUAAAGUGAUAUAUAUAUAUAUACACGUCUAAAUUAAAAGGAAUGACUCCACUGAAAUGACCUCUGCCAACGGUGUUUUCUUAAAGCUUUUCUUGGGCAUCUUCUUUUGGCCUCAUUUGAAUGUCUCUUAUGGGGUCAAGUCAGACUCAUCUGCAUUAUGCUUUAGUAUUAAAAAUUGUUUUUGUAUAGGAACAAUACAAGGAAAUAAAUUCUCCUGAAGUUUGCAACUCAAAUAUAACAGGAACAGAAGGCAUCUUAGUCCAUUUGUGCUGCUGGAACACAGUGACUUGGACUAGGUAACUUAUAUAGAACAGAAAUGCCCUUCCCCUGCUCUAGCGGCCGGAAGUCCAAGAUCAAGGCGCCAGCAGCCCUGCCGUCCCGCGCGGCUGCUCUCUGCUCCCGAGGCCUGUUGCCACACCCUCACGCAGAGAUGCACGCCGGCGCGGGGCUCUUUCCUGACAGCGGCGAUCCAUCCGUGAUGGCUCUGCCUCUCAGAGGUGCCAUCACCUUGGGGGGACAAGACAGGAGGAUUCUGGGAGUGAAACCAGGGAAAAGCCAGGACACGGUCCAUAGGCCCACUCCUGUGCCUCUGUCUUCCGCACCUUUCCCGAACGUUCCCAGCACAGUUGGCUGCCGAUGGGCCCGUGAGGUGAGACAGGACCGGCGUGUUUAAACCUCACUGGGUCACAGAACAGCCUCCACGUAGGCAGCGGCACUGCAGCGGCAGGUCUGGGGCCCCACCCAGGGCUCCCCGAUGCCGUGGACAUGCCAGCUCCAGGACUGUAGCGGGGCUACAGCGGGACUUCUUGGAGUGGCCUCUGUCGCUCCACCGAGCAACCUGUCAGCCUUCAUUUCCUUUUUCAUUAAGUUGAUUUGAAACCGUCCUCCUUACAAAAAGAGUUGAGAAGGGAUAACAUAGACUUUCCCCUCCCUGUCCAAGCCCCACCCAGGAGGCUCAGUCCUCUGGGCACACAGAUGCGCGUGUGAAUGCACCGGUUUGGGGAGAUGUCGUGGAGGGUGGGGGUGUCAGUGGUUGGUACUGACAGCCCACACGUCCCUCCUCUGUCCCACAAAAGCAGGACCAUGGAGGCACACAAGUAGACGUGCAGCAGGUCCCUGUCACAUGGCGGCUGGGCACCAGCUGCUCCUCUGUGCCCUCUCCACCCAGGCUCAUGGCUGCCCCAGUGCAGGUGAGGCAGGUGCCCUGCCCCCUCGGGGUCCUCACCUGCACCCUGCUUCAUGAUGGGUCCCAAGCGUCUAAAGAUUGACGUCAUUUGCAAGUUUUUAGCUUUCAGAUUCCAUCUCAUUUAAAAUUAGAAUUAAUCUUGUCCCUCUUUUUGGGCCCCCAGUUUGUGUUGGUGUCGGUGGGUUCUCAGGCGUGACCCUGUAGUCCCCCAGGCGUGUCCCUUCUCUCUCUCUCUCUCUCUCUCUCUCUCUCUCUCUCUCUCUCUCUCUCGCUUGACUGGGGGGCUCCCCGGGGGGGCGCUGGGCGUGGGCCUCGGUCUUGGAGGUUGCUCCACAGCCCGCUCUCGACGGGCAUCGUCUGCAGCGCUGAGCUGCACACGCGGGCGCAGCAACACGUGCAGAACAACGCUGCACCUGGUCGUCCGGCAGCUCGAGGACACCUUCCUCCCAGCCGCCACCCAGGGCCCCACUCACACUGCCGCAGGGACGAGAGGGUGAGAGGAGGCCCCGCUCUUCGCGAUGCUGGAUCUGAAACGCUGCCCUGGAGCCACCCUCGGCCUGUGUCGACAUGGCCGUGUGGCCUGUGCGGCCACCACUCCGCAGUGCUGUCACACGUUUCCUUCCUUCUCGGCGCCCUUCCCGGCAGGUGUGUGUGAGCCGCACAGAAAUGUGAAGCUUGCAAAGAAAGAAAAGCCCAGAAAGCCCAAGUGAUCUGCCUUCAGCCAGGUCUCCAGGGAAGACUUGGCUGCGUUUGCCUGGGAGCCGCCUCCCCAGCAGCCGCGAGCGAGCGAGCGAUGCCUCCCCUUGGCCCGGCGACACCCACAGGCGUCUGCGGAGGGAAAACAAGGCAGGCAACAGACGGGGCGGCCGCAGCCGCUGGUUAAGGACAAACACACUUCAUUGCACACGAGCAAGACAGGCCCAGAAGGAAGAGAACAACGGCAUGGAAGCCGGCUCUGCUCACGCCCUGGGCUCUCCCGCGUGCUCUGUCCACCGGCGCGGCGGCCAGGCCGUGCCCUUUCCGCAGAGCGUCCCCACACGGGUCCCCCGGGCCAGCCGGGGUGUCGCCGCACCCACGUGGGAGACGCCCAGCACGCUGCUGCACUAAGGCAGCGUUUUCUUCUAGGAGCAGACAAUGGAAAUGCAAUUUUUUUUGUCACAUUGUUAUUUAGAAAUCACUUUUCUUUCAACAUUUGUCACAAGUAUAAAUAAAGCAUUUCUUAUUUUCA